UGAGCGGCCGGUGACGUCACAGAUCUUCUACGCCUGCGCAGUGUUCGGUGGAAAAUACCAGAACCUGAGAAACCCUGAGGUAACCGGACGGCGCUCAUCCGUUAGUUCGUUUUGUCCUCGACGACCGUUUACGGAAUCUGCGAUCUGAGCAUCGGCAGUGUUGGCUCUGAAUUCUCGGCCCCGGAGCUUGUACAUCGCGAUGACUGCGAUCGGGAAGCCCUUGUUCACUCAAUUCUGGGAGGAGGAAGAAUGCCUGGAGUACUAUGGCAUGCGUUCUCUGCACUACAUGUUUGAUGUCAUUGGUUCUCACUUAACAGACAGUGAUGUUGAUGCCUUGUCAUUCUUGCUGAAUGAAUCCUACCCGUUUACUCACCCCCUCGACCCGAAUAUCUGGACUGUGGAAGAAGCUGAGGAAGUACCUGGCAAUGCUUUGCUUUCUGCAUGGCAGAGGUGGCACCGAAGCCCCAGUGCAUUUGACGAUGGUAAUUUGGAUACGCCUGACCUACAAAGGCCUAAAAAUGGCGCUGCGCUACUACUUGAACUGGAGCGAAGAGGAAAAUGUGACGAGUCAAACUUCAAGCACCUUCUUCAGCUACUGCGAAUAUUAACCCGACACGACCUUCUUCCAUAUGUUACUUUAAACAGACCUAAUACAGUGUCCCCUGAGAGGUACUCAUGUGGCCCUUCAGUUGUAGAUUCCCAGAUGGACGGAUGCCUGAAUUCAACCACAUCGCAGACCAGUGAAGAAAGCUGGGAAACUGGAUCUAAUUCAACGAAAAGAAAGCGAGGAGGGAAAAAAAACAGGGGCCACUGUACAAAAUCCAAAAAGAGCAAAGUGAGCAGUGCUACCCCACCAGCCGAGGCCGCCCAGAGCAAAGUAACUUGCGGAGUCCGAUUGCGUGUACGAGCAGAGUACUGCCGCCACGACGCGAUCCUUAACCAGAAUGUACUGUCUGUAAAGCAGGAUCCACUGGAGAAGCAGUUUGAUCUGUUUAGCCAGUCCAACACUGUGCUGAAAUCCAGAGACCUUGGCUCCAUUAUCUGCGAUAUUAAGUUCUCCGAGUUGUCUUACCUGGAUGCCUUCUGGACGGACUACAUGAACGGCUCCCUGCUGGAAGCUUUGAAGGGUGUUUUCAUCACGGACUCUCUGAAGGAAGCUGUAGGACAAGAAACCAUUCAGCUUCUCGUUAAUGUAGACGAAGAUGAUUAUGAAGAAGGUCGGAGAUUGCUGCUGGAGAAUUGUCUCCAGAGCUUGGAUUGAACUCUAUUAUAGGGCCUGUAACGUCUUCUGGUUGACGUCGAGAAGUACUUUACAGAGUUAAGUGCCUGCUGGUCACCAGGAAUACAAAUUCCAUAGAAAAUGAACAGUUUCGGCUUCUCGUCACUUGAUGGUCCUGCAUAGAUUGUUAAUUUGAGAAAAUACAUUUGAGGGUUGUUUCCAAAAGGGGUGUGAAUUGGCAAAAAAAAAAAAAAAAAAAGCUCUAAAGCAGAGACAGAAGUUGUGAUGGGGAAGGAAGCCAGCCUGGUGGUGAGGAGUAGUUCAUUACUGUGGUCGUUGGGAUUCUUUUAUUUGUUUGUUCCUUUUUCACAUUCCUAAAUAUGCCAGGCAGGCUUACAUCUGUGCUGCACUGUGUGUACAUGGUGUAAGCUGCGGAGAUCCUUUUUGUGUGGUAAGUUUAAUAGGUUAGGACUUCCAAGUCUUUGAAGAAGUCCUUUUAUUGUUUAUGAAAAAUUUAUCUUGGAAAUUUUGGUUUGAUUCUAAAAAAUAUUAAAGUAAAAAAAAAAAAAAUCUAUACAUAAAUAAAACCAUGCAAAUAAAUGGUAGAGAGACAGAGCGGUAUUCGAUAUCCCUGUUGCCAGCUCAGUACACUCAGGACCUCUACCUCGUGGCUUUACUCCAGCUUUGUACUAUGGGUGUAGCUGCACCUUUAAGGAAUAUGGUGAUGCGUGUAUGAAGGUUGCCGGAGUAUUCUGGAGAGGUGUGUAGACAAGCAGUGUUCAGCCUUUCAGUUACCCCUCGCCUGCAUGGCUUCAGGGGCCCACGGUCUGCCAGCUCGUCAAUUGUAUGGGUUGCUCCCACGUGUAGUAUGACUUGUGAGCCAGUGGUAGCGCGAAGGGAUGCAGACUGUUAUCCCUCUACAUUUUAUGACGAGAUGUAGGGAUUGUAUUCGCCUGCAGCCGUUAUUCCUGAUCUUUCUACUUGAUCCCAACUAAAGGGGUAUUUUUACUGUGUAAAUAAGCAGCUUUCAGAGAGAGCUUUGUAAAAAAAAAGUUUUUGUAAUGCAAAAAAAUUCUAAGUGUCUUGUAAAUCAGAAGUAAUAAAUAUAUCUGUUCAGUCUUCA